CACAACAAUGAUUGUUAUCCCUGCUGACGUUACAGGCAGGAAAAGCACGUAGCAAUGGAAGUGGCCAACUAUUUAAGUCUACGUUGUCUGAGAUGCUGAGAGGAUAGAUACAUUCUUGAUAACAAUUAACUUCAAAUAAUCUCACAAUAAUUGUUAGCUAGCAGGCUAACAGGAUUUGUUUUUGGUCCAAAGCCAAAACUAACAUAACAUUGUAAAGGUAACUGCUCAUCAGUCGGUCCCGUUAACAACAGCUGACGUCAACUGGUUCGUGAGGAGCUGUCCACAUCAUCUCACCUGAUCUGACACUCCACCAUUACGCCUACCGAUCCACUGAUCUUCCAGCAUGGCUAACCCAGACUCUGUUAGUAUUCGGGUCUUCUCUCUGAACAGCUGGGGCAUCCGCUACCUUAGCAAACACUUGCCUCAGCGCUGUGCCAUGAUUGGAGCUUGUUUGUGCAGGGAAGGUCAUGAUAUUGUCUUAUUGCAAGAGGUUUGGAGUGAGAAAAACUAUCUCUCCUUGAAACAGAAACUUGCCUGUAGUCAUCCUCACUCUCAUUACUUCAAAAGUGGGGUCAUAGGCAGUGGACUGGCCAUUUUCUCCAAACACAGAAUCCAUGACACAUUUCUGUAUCGCUACUCACUGAAUGGUUACCCUUAUAAGGCUCACCAUGGAGACUGGUUUGGAGGUAAAGCUGUUGGGAUGGCCAUUUUAAACAUUGGCGGCUUGACCACAAAUGUCUAUGUUACUCAUCUGCACGCAGAGUACUGCAGAGACAAGGAUUCCUAUCUACCUCACAGAGUGGUUCAGGCGUGGGAGCUGCAGCAGUUCAUUCGCCACACCUCUGCUGGAGCUGAUGUGGUGAUUUUAGGUGGCGACCUCAACAUGCACCCUCAGGACCUUGGCAACAGACUACUGAGGACUUACACUGGACUCCGAGACUCUUAUUUAGAGACUGCUAAAUUUGAAGGAUAUGAGGAUGGUUUGACUCUAAUUGCUGACAACCCGUUUACCAGUAAAAAGGAGCUUGUUCCCUUUGAGAAGGGAAUUCGAAUCGACUACAUCCUAUUCAAGGGUUCUUCCAAAGCAGACAUUUAUUGUGACUUCAUGUCCACCACCAAAGGCUCAGUUCCUGACCAUCCAUUCCCAUACUCUGACCAUGAAGCUCUGACAGCUGAACUUAGGCUGGAGAUACGCACUGUAACUGAAACCGACAGUGUCAGGGAAUCAAAGAAUCAAGACUCUGCUGCAGAACAGGUAGCUGAGUUGGUUGACAUUGUGACAGAGGCCCGUACUGAAGUCAAAGUGGGAUUGCAUUGCGCGGAGAGGAUGCGCUACACGGCAGCGCGCACCGGAGUGAUGGGUUUGGCUCUGCUCUUCCUGGAGCUGGCCAUCGCUGCUGUUCCGUGGUUUGCCCUGGGAGCAGAACAACCUUUCCCUCGUACUUCCUUUUACAUGCUGGCUGCAUUGUGUGUCGCCAUCCUGCUAACCACCUCACUGCUUUACAUCUUCUAUACCAUGGAGCUGAAAUCUCUUCAGGGGGCUGAAGACCAGAUGAGGUUGGCUGUAGGCAGUCUGCAAGAGAAGCUGAGGGGUUUUCCUUUGGCUCAGCGGAGGCCCCCAGAGGGUCUUGAGCCAAGUGCCUUUGACCCAGAGGAGUGAUGCAGGAGCAAGCUGGGUUAUAAUGGAUAACUGAAAGAAGCCUUUGAAGCGAAUUUUAUAAAUGGAUGUUUGAAGGAGCCAUUUAUUCCCUGAAUGUGUUUUAUGCUCUUGAGAUUUAGAUUUGUACCACAAAAUGAAGGAGUUUCUGCAGCACAUUUCUGAAAGUAGUGCAGGGCACAUGCUUUGACAAUUUUUACUUUUUAUAUAAUCAUAACUAGCCCUUUUUACCCCAAGAUUUCCCCCUAUGCACUUCAGCAAACAUGCUUCUUUUCGCAUACUAUGAUACUUUCAUGCUACUGCUGUUCAUAAAGAUGAGAAACGUGAUGAUGUGUGCUCUUUAAGCCUCAGGUCCGACAUGCAUUCCAUCCACCAGUAGUUUCAACGGGACCAGUUCUUUCUGUUUUUAAUUCCAUGCUUCCUUUUUGUGAUUUGGAGUCCACCACAGAAUCAUAGUGUCUCCAAGCUGUUUGCUUGACCUGUGGUCUUCGCUGCAUGGAAAGCACAGACACUCCGAAGGUUGUAGCUUUACAUUAUGGUCAGUAGUUCCUCUGUGGGACAGAUUGCUCCAGUCACACUUAAAGAUCCUCACACACCACUUGAGACAUUUCAGUGCAGUAUAUAGUAGGAGAAGGAACAAGCUCCAUCUGCAUGUCUCAGUCACCAUGUUUCCUGUUGUGCACUUUUCAAAGUACCUCCAUGUUAGAGACAAUCUACACUCCUCUUUCUCAAAGUAUAACAGUGGGAAUAGAUAUUGAGCAUACUGUGUCAUAUGCUGUAUACUCUUUACUUUCACCUAAGUUUUUGACAUGUUUUACAAAACAUCAUGUACUGUAGAAAAGCUUAAUGUCUUUAGAUUGUAAUUCACUUACAUGACUAACCAGAUAAACCACUUGAUUUUAUAUACUUAAUGUUCCACAUUUCUGUAAAACAGUGUUAUGACUCAGCUAUAGCCUAUGAUCAUUUUUAAAAUGUAUUCUUAAUUUUCUCCUUAAUGUUUGAAAAUCCUUUGGCAGUUAUUAAUUUUACGAUGGUCAAAGAAUGUCAUUUAAUACCUCAUGUUCAUUGUAACUGAAUGCUGUAAUGGACGUGAUUAUGAAAGCAAUAAUAAAGGCUUUGUCACCAGGCUUCA